UGCAACGAGUACUUGAUAUGCGGGGUCGUCUUACAGAGACACCGCUUUAAUAGAUCGAGGAAUAUCUUCCCUUAGAAAUCAUCGGAUAUGUAAUAAGAGCAAAUUCCUGAGAUCAGCACCUGUUUCGACGUUGCAUCUUCCUGUCUCUACUCUUCCCGCGAAUGCGCAUAAACCGUACUCAAGCAUAUCCAUACUAAUGGCGGUCCUAGAAAGCAUCAUAUCUCUUCUCUACUCUCAUGCCUUAAUCCUCCUGCUUAUAGUUCCGAUAAUCCGUCUCGGACGCAACUACUUUACACCAGGAGCAAGAUCUGUUCCAGGCCCUUUCUUCGCGAAAUUGACUAAUCUGUGGCGCUUCAUCGAUGUUGCCAAAGGCCGUCCAGAAGUCACUCUGUAUCGACUGCACAAGAAGCAUGGAGACUAUGUCCGACUCGGUCCGAACGUUGUCAGCGUGAGGAACCUCGAGGUACUAAAAGAGAUAUACGGGAUCAAUAAGGGAUAUCAGAAGACGACUUUCUAUCGUGUCCAACAACAACUAGUUAAUGGGAGACCGUCGCAAACGCUCUUCACCACUCUAAAUGACGAUUUCCACGCCGCGAUUAAGCGGCCGAUAUCAGCUGCCUACUCGAUGAGCACAUUGACGGAAUUCGAGCCAUUUGUUGACAAUACCAUUCAUACAUUCUUCAGAAGACUCGAUGAGUUCGCUGAGAAGAAUGAGCCGUGUGAUAUUGCGAAGUGGUUGCAGUACUACGCGUUCGAUGUCAUCGGCGAGCUAACAUUUAGCAAGGCGUUAGGCUUUCUAGAAUCCGGACACGAUGUAGAUGGGAUUGUUGAGAGUAUAGAAAAGAACCUCGAUUACGCUGGAAAGACUGGCCAAAUGCCUUGGCUCGAUUACCUGUUCGUCAAGAACCCUCUCCGACAACUCCUCCGAGGCGGCUCCACCACUGCUAUAGCCCAAUUCGCAAGGAACAGAGUCCAAGAACGUCUCUCGCAAUCAGACACGAAAUCACCUACGCGACGAGACUUCCUGAGUCGAUUCUUCGAAGCUAAAGAAAUCCAUCCGAACAUCGUCGACGACAAACAAGUUAUAUCAUAUACCAUCAGCAACGUGAAUGCCGGCUCCGACACCACUGCUAUUUCACUACGAGCGAUCCUCUACUACACCCUGAAGCACCCAAAUGUAUAUUCCAAACUGCGUCAUGAACUUGACGAAGCCAAGAGUUCCGGCAGGAUUUCAUCCCCCGUUACAUGGAAAGAGAGUCAAGAGCUGCCGUACCUCGACGCCGUCAUCAAGGAAGCCCUCCGUUUGCAUCCGGCUGUGGGCUUACUUCUCGAACGUAUCGUGCCUGAUGGAGGUCUAAAACUACCAGACGGACCGUAUCUCCCACCCGGGACGAUCGUUGGUGUUAAUCCAUGGAUCAUCCAUCGUAAAGACGUCUUCGGUGAAGAUGUAGAUGCUUUUAUCCCGGAGCGUUGGCUACAAGGGGGGAAAGAGUUGAAUGCUGAAUUUGCCGUUAGGAAACAGAAGAUGAUUCGCGCAACGUACACUUUUGGAGCUGGGACCAGAACGUGUAUUGGGAAGAAUAUCAGUCUGUUGGAGAUAUAUAAGUUGAUUCCGUCCCUUUUUCAGAGUUAUAACAUCGAGCUGGAGAAUCUAGAUAGGGAAUGGGAAAUUGUCAAUGCAUGGUUCGUCCGUCAGAAGAAUAUGGAUAUUAAGCUUUCUAGGAGAUAAUAAUUAGGAGUCUUUUUUUUUAUUAUUUCCGGCCUUGAAAAAUCUCACAUAUCAGGUUGGAGCUUGUGUGGAGCCAUGUUGUCCCAUAUACUCCGGAGUAUAUCAGUAUCACUAAAGG